AUGUGCAGGAAGACAAGAGGAGCUUUUCUUUUGUUCUCGAUGAUCAGGUUUGCCGGAGUGGCUUGGGAAACAAGGUUUCAGUAUCUGUGCGCUGAGCAUCUCAAGAAGGGAGAAUUAUGGUUUGAACCUGACACCUGCACAGGAAAGAUAGUUGCUAAGACAGAUUCGUUCUUUGAGCUGCAGCUGAGGGCUUCUGACAGUAGGCUUAAAAACAUGUAUAAGGAAGUGAAGGGACUUGCGGUGUAUAUAUCUGCAGUACUACUGAUUUUUAGUAGUAAGGCUCGAAGGAAGGUAACCAAGCUAUCGGAGUUUUUGAAGAUACCUAACCAUGAGAUAACGCUAUUAAUACUUCUAGUCUCUACGAUUACUUUGCUAGAAAAACUCAUUGGAAUAAAGUUUACACUAGCCAAGACUGCAUAUAGUAUAAGAUACAUAGACUCACCGUUUAAUCUCCUGGCCUUUUUUCUUGUGGAGCUCCCUCUUUUGAUGUGUCUUGCAAUGAAGCUUUUUGAACUUCUGGGAAGAAAGCUUAUUGUGAUGUUUUAUAUUGUCCUUGUGGCAGACAAUCUACUGGAUACCUUUUGGUGUGCUAGAGUGGAUAAAGCUAGGCUGGAAAGAGUUCCUCUUAAGAUAUUUCCUCCUAAGCUACAAGAGAUGAUUAAAUCUGAAGGAAUGGAGGAAUCAAUCUACAGAGUCAAGGACUCCAAGAAGACAAAUGCCUCCCAGGUCGGAUUUGGUAGUUUCAAAAGAAUCGAGAUACAAGGGGAUUUCAGCAAAGACACGAAGAAACUAUACCCUGUUUUGUUCCAUGAGAUAGGGCAUUCUAUCGACAACAUCAUACUAAAAAGAAAGAUUCUUUCGCAUUUAAUAGUGGCCUGUGAGGUACUAGUGUUUAUAUCUAUUUAUACGAAAGGAAGCAAAGCCUUUGGGUUUUCAGAUAUGUCCUCGGAGGCAUUUGUUCUGGCCAUGUUUGCUAUGUAUUUGAUACUUGGGAGGCCUUUGGUUCUCAUAAUUUCGAACGUAUAUGCACAGCGUUCGGAGUUGUUUGCAGAUGAGGUUGCUAGAGCAAAUGGGUACGGAAAAGAGCUUUCGCAGGCAUUGCUUGACAUGUGUCUCGAGUACAAUUCGCCUGUAGACGCCACGUUUUUGUUCAAUGCAAUAACCUCGCUGCAUCCAACCACUAGAGAAAGAAUUGAUAGAUGUGGAUAG